UUUCACCGGGCCACAUCCCCCAGAGACUUCAGCAAACACCAGCCCUGACCUGCCUGGCCUCCUAUGGCACAGCUCCAGGUAACCUGGGCUCAGCUGGGGUCCAUGGUGGGCUCCAGUGCUGCAGCAGCAAACAGGCAGCCUGGGGUGCUUGCCGGAACAAAGUUUGCAAAAUCCAGGGCUGCAGCAGGAGCCAAGAGCCAGGACGCAGACAGGUAGCAGAGACAUAAUCCUCCUUUAGUUUUGGGGUACACAAUUAUUUCGGCAAAGCACCAAAGGAGCAGCUAGGAAGGACGCCAGCGGCGAGGAGCGAUGGGUGCCGGGGCCCCGCAGCCGGGCGAAUCCGCGUCCUGUGACAUCUUGCCCUGUCAAGUGCAAUUACUGUAAUCUUCCACAGCUUCUCAAAAUACGGAUCCCAGCUUAGAAACCGGGCAUCCGCGGCAUGAAAGCUGCCUUUGUGCCCGGGCAGAGCCUGGGCGCGAGCCAGCCGUUAGGUGCAUGAAGAAAAUGAGUUCUCCACGUGCUGGGAGAAGGGAGGAAAACCAAGCUUUCCCGCCCAACCCUGCCGCACACAGCCCGGAGUUCACCCACGGCUUCCCGCAGCAGCCGGCGAGGGGCUGGGAGCCGCACGGCCGCGCAUCUCCCCAGGAGGAACAGAGCUGGUGACCGAGGCGAGCCAGCCAGUCCCGCAGCCCGGGGGAGCGGAGCACGGCCAGCGCUGCGGACCAUGGGGGCGGCUCACGGGAAAAAGAAAGAAUAUUCCCUUCAGUCCAAAUGUCCAAGUGGAAGUGGGAAGCCCAGGAGCAGCAGCUCAGCAUCGAUGUACACUGAGCUAGAGCGGGAGCGACCAGAUGGUGGGAAUAUCCUGACUCACCCAGACUACAUAGAUGGAAACCCAGACCUCAUCAAACCUAAAAAACUCCUAAAUCCUGUAAAAGCCUCGAAGAGCCACCAAGAGCUGCACAGAGAGCUGUUGAUGAACCACAGAAGAGGUUUGAGUAUGGACAGCAAGCCAGAGCUGCAGCGGGUGCUUGAGCACCGGCGCCGAAACCAGCUCAUCAGACAGAAGAAGGAAGAGGAAGAGGCAAAGAAAUUGCAGUCUCCUUUUGAAAAAGAGCUGUUAAAAAGGCACCAGAGGCUGGAUCAGCUGGAGAAAGAGCAGGAGAAGCAGGAAGACCAUGAACCAGAAUUCAUUAAAGUCAAGGAAAACCUGAGAAGAACAUCAACAGUGAUUGGGGAUGAGAAAGCAGCAUAGCUUCUGCCAGCAUCCAGCAGAGAUCCUACCAAGGCCGGCGCUUACACACACAUGCUGAUGUCUCUGUACAUGGUGGACAUUCAUGGAUGCAUCACUGGGGUUGCUUAUGGUUAUUAACACUUGCCCCAGCAGAAGGCACAAAAAAGGUUUUCCCAGCCCAGGAAGGUAUCACUGUGGAAAAGGUGCAGUAUUCCCUGAAGAUGUACUCACACAAGGAGAUAUGGAGAGAAAUUAUGUUAUCCCCCACCCCACCCCCAGAUUGUGGGUGCAUGCUAACCUCCAGCUAACUCUUGGUUAACCCUUGAGACACAGUGACUGUUUAAGCCAGAGAAGUCUGUUUAAGCAAGGGAAAUCUGUGGAGGGAUGGUUUGGGGGACCCCUGCUUCUUCCUGGAGGCAGGUUUGCCAGGAAUGGGGUGACAGGAGGGAAGCUGCAGGUCUAGAGACCCUCCUGGAAACCUGGCAUGGUAACU